AUGCCGCGCUUCAUGAUGUUUAAAGCGAGGAAGCCCCGGCGAUACAAGUGUCCACGGUCGGUUGACAAACAGGCUUGCCAAGAUGUCCUUCGAGAUGUCUGGGAUCUCAAAUGGGCCCCAACAGAGGGAUUCCAGGAAGUACCACCGAGCCCUUACAUCGAUUUCUGGGGAGACUGCGUACAACAAACCCACGACCCAAAUUUGAAGUUGGAUCAACGCAAAGUAAUCGUGGAAUUAGUCCGGAUCCUCAAGUCCGGCUUGGGAGAAACUCCACGGCAACUCUGCAGAGAAAUUCAGAGUCACUACCGGUCUGAUCCUGGUCUCAUGACAGCAUUGACUGAUGAUGAGGCUUGGAGAGCGUUCGCUUUCGCUGCUCGGCUCUGGAUCCAUGUAUCUGCGCCCGAUGACUGGAGGCACUCUGAUCUUACUUUACAAGAUCUCAUCAACAAACUGAUACCGAAACCUCCGAGUUCAAACACCGAUGGCCGCCUUGAACCAGGCUUUUGUGCCGAGCAUUUAACAAAAGUAGAAGGCUUUCACGUUCACUGGACCGAUGACAUAUGCCAACACUUGGAGCUACGCGGCCGCUCACUGUUCGUCUUCCGACACUCGACCUGGCUCGCCACCUUGGAGAGAUGUCCUGCUUCUGACCCCUUCCCCAAAGGCUUCACGAAGGACACAUUACGAACGCUAUAUCUUCUAUACCGACCUCUAGAAUCCAAACACGCACGCAGGAACACACGUCAAAUGGAGAGACACCGAUACGUUGACCUAGAAUUGGCCAUGGCAGACCAUGCCUCGGUCGACCUACAAUCGUAUCCCUACUGGCAUGAGCGACUUCGAAAGAUCCAUGAAGCCUACACCCGGAACAGUCACAACUCCUUGUCCCGGUACUGGUACGACAGAAGGGAUGAGGUCCAGUGGGCCACCUUCUGGAUGGGCCUUCUUGUUGUGGUUUUGACGGUAGUGACUGUUGUUUUUGGUAUCAUUCAAUGUGUAACGGCGGUCGUUCAGGUGUACGCGAUUUAUCAUCCGCCAGGAGGUCCGUAG